AUGGGCGAUCCCCCGUGUAAGAGUGAGGUGGAGGAGGACAUUCCAGGAGAUGUCACCACAGACAAUCCCAUUAAGAAUUCCGAGGGAGACUUCCUGUUAUCACUAAAUUACAAAGCAGAGGAAGAUGACAUGCAGCGCUCUUCAGGAGAAAACCACAUUACCCUUAAUGUGUAUCCAGGACUUCACAGUACAGAUCUGUCUUAUAAUCCCUCUCAGCAUCAGGAACCCUCUCCUGAUCAGCCACAGUUAACCACAAGUACAGGUCAGAAAAGGGGUAAAAGGUUACAGUGUGGUAAAGCAUUCACAAAAAGAUCAAGACUUUCUACACAUAGGAGAUGUCUGACAGGAGCGAAGCCAUACUCCUGUUCUGAAUGUGGAAAAAGCUUUACAAGGCAAUCAAGUCUUGUUACACAUGAGAGAACUCAUACAGGAGAGAAGCCAUAUUCAUGUUCAGAAUGUGGCAAAUGUUUUACACAGAAAGCACACCUUGUUGAACAUGAGAGAAUUCACACAGGGGAGAAACCAUAUUCAUGUCCAGAAUGUGGGAAAUGUUUUGCACAAAAAACUAGCCUUAUUAUUCAUCAGAGAAUUCACACAGGAGAGAAGCCAUAUUCAUGUUUAGAAUGUGGGAAAUGUUUUGCAGAUAAGUCUGGUCUUAUGAAACAUGAGAGAAGUCACACAGGCGAGAAGCCAUAUUCAUGUUCAGAAGAGAAACCAUAUACAUGUUUAAAAUGUGGGAAACGUUUUAUAUGGAAAUCAUCACUUGUUACACAUGAGAGAUGUCAUUCAGGAAAAUUUUUAUGUACAGAAUGUGGGAAAUGUUUUUCCAAAAAAACAAGCCUUACUAGCCAUCAGAGAAUUCACACAGGAGAGAAGCCAUAUUCAUGUUCAGAAUGUGGGAAAUGUUUUGCAGAUAAGUCAGGUCUUAUAAAACAUGAGAGAAGAAGUCACACAGGGGAGAAGCCAUAUUCAUGUUCAGAAUGUGGGAAAUGCUUUAUAAAUAAAUCCAAUCUUGUUACACAUAAGAUAAUUCACACAGGAGAGAAGCCAUAUUUAUGUUCAGAAUGUGGGAAAUGUUUUACAUAUAAAUCACAUCUUAUUACACAUAAGAUAAUUCAUACAGGAGAGAAGACAUAUUUAUGUUCAGAAUGUGGGAAAUGUUUUGCAUUCAAAUCCCAUCUUGUUAGACAUAAGAGAGUUCACACAGGAGUGAAGCCAUAUUCAUGUUCAGAAUGUGGGAAAUGUUUUACACGGAAAUCAAACCUUGUUAGACAUGAGAGAAUUCACACUGGAGAGAAGUCAUAUUAAUGUGGGAAACAUUUUUAACAGAAAAUAAGAUCUUGACUCCCAUCAGAGAAAGCAUAUUUAUGUUCACUAUAUGGGAAGGGUUGUGUACUAAAAUCAUAUCUUGUUAGACAUGAGAGAAGUCAGGAGAGAGCCUUUUUCGCGCUCAGUAUGUGGAAAAUGUUUUAUUGCUAUAGACAACAUUAAGGAGAGAAGCUGUUUUAUAUGUGGAAACUGUUUUGCAGGGAAAUCAAUUAGAUCAGAAGAAAGUAUUUUAUUUUUUGGAAUAUGGAAAAUACUGUACGAGCAAAACCGAACUUAAAUCCUAGUUAUUCACAGACCUUGAGGUUGGGGCUACAUGACAACAUAUGUCAAAUGACCGCAAGUCUCGGAAUAGUUGUGCAACUUUCCUGCAACUUGCUGUUUCCGUGAUGCUAGGGAGGCUCGUCCCUGCCUGUCAUUGGCUGCUCCCCCCCGACACCGGAUGUUUUCAUCCGCGUACAGGGAGAAGCAGCAGCGGCUGUGCGGCGACCAGGAGCAGCGCAGGGAGCAGAGUAAGUAUAUUCCCUCUGAGGGCCCUGCACAAGGGGGGGCUGUUUGUGAUUUCAGAUAACCCCUUUAACAUCUUUGUCACAUGACACGUGUCACCAAACAAAGUUAUACAAACGGGUGUAAAUCCAAGUAUUCAAGACAAAACAUAAAUAGCGCAUAUAAUAAAAUCAAUACAAUGUCACGUGACUGUAAUCAUUAUAGAAGGAAUAUCCCAUAUUACUCGUCAUUAAAACCACUCAGUCAAUUAUUAUAUAAGUGCAAUGGUAAUAAACAUACCCAUGCCCUCUAACCUUUAUAGGAGAACUUAAUGUGACCUUCUCUAAACCUUUGAAUGCACAUGUCCCUGUUCAAUGUUUCAGUCCUUUUUGCACAACUUGCUGUUCUCUAACAAGGAGCUUAAAGGAGUA